AGCACAUCUGCCAUUUUGUGCGAAGAAGUAAAGUAAUCUACGGUUGGUACCGUCGCCAUUUUUUUCCAUGGAUUUAAACUAAAUCAUAAUCUGUGGCGUCGACGAUCUGGCUGUUUAAAUGGUCGUUUUGGUCUUCCUGAUUCUUCUUAAUCUACGGACCGUAGUGGCAGGGACCCACUCUCUGAAGUAUUUCUACACUGCAUCUUCUGGAAUAGCAAACUUCCCUUCAUACGUGUCUGUUGGGUUGGUGGAUGAUGUUCAGAUAAGUUACUGUGACAGCGACAUCAACAGAAAUAUUCCUAAACAAGAGUGGAUGAAAAAGGUGGAGUCAGACCAUCCACGUUACUGGAGGGAGGAAACUCAGACAUGUUUGGACAAACAGAAAACCUUCAGAGAAAACCUAGAUGUUGCAAAACAUCGCUUCAACCAGACUGAAGGAGCGCACAUCUUUCAGCAGAUGAUUGGCUGUGAGUGGGAGGAUGAGACUGGAGACGUUAGCGGCUACGAUCAGUUUGGUUACGAUGGAGAAGAUUUCAUCAUACUGGACCUGAGGACACAAACAUGGAUCGCUCCAAAACAGCAGGCGGUCAUCACCAAAAACAAAUGGAAUAAUGACAGAUAUGCUGCAGAAUAUGAGAAGUCAUACUUAACUCAGAUAUGUGUUGAGUGGCUGAAGAAGUAUGUGAACUAUGGGAGGAGCUCACUGCUGAGAACAGAUCUUCCAUCAGUCUCCUUCCUCCAGAAGAAUUCCCGUUCUCCAGUCAGCUGCCACGCUACAGGUUUCUACCCCAACAGAGCACAGAUGUUCUGGAGGAAAGAUGGAAAGGAGGUUCAUGGUGGUGUGGUCAAAGGAGAGAUCCUCCCUAACAAUGAUGGGACCUUCCAGAUGAGCGUUGACAUUGAUCUGUCAUCUGUUGCACCUGGAGACUGGAACAAGUAUGAAUGUGUGUUUCAGCUCUCUGGGGUCAAUGAUAUCAACAGACUGGGGAAAUCAAAAAUCCGGAGCAAUGAAUUGAUCCUUCCAGUGACCCUCUCUCUGAAGUAUUUCUACACUGCAUCUUCUGGAAUAGCAAACUUUCCUUCAUACGUGUCUGUUGGGUUGGUGGAUGAUGUUCACAUAAGUUACUGUGACAGCAACAUCAAGAAAAAUACUCCUAAACAGGAAUGGAUGAAUGAGGUAAAGUCAGAACAUCCAAGUUACUGGAAGGAGGAAACUCAGACAUGUUUGGACAAAAAGGAAACCUUCAGAGAAAACCUAGAGAUUGCAAAACAGCGCUUCAACCAGACAGGAGGAGCGCACAUCUUUCAGCAGAUGAUUGGCUGUGAGUGGAAUGGUGAGACUGGAGAGGUCAGAGGUCAUGAUCGGUUUGGUUACGAUGGAGAAGACCUCAUCGUACUUGACCCAACGACACAAACAUGGAUCGCUCCAAAACAGCAAGCUGUCAUCACCAUAAACAAGUGGAAUCAAAACAGAUAUGCUGCAGAAUAUGAGAAGUCGUACUUAACUGAGAUAUGUGUUGAGUGGCUGAAGACGUAUUUGAACUAUGGGAGGAGCUCACUGCUGAGAACAGAUCUUCCAUCAGUGUCCUUCCUCCAGAAGUCUUCCUCGUCUCCAGUCAGCUGCCACGCUACAGGUUUCUACCCCAACAGAGCAGAGAUGUUCUGGAGGAAAGAUGGAGAGGAGGUUCAUGGUGGUGUGGUCAAAGGAGAGAUCCUCCCUAACAAUGAUGGGACCUUCCAGAUGAGCGUUGACAUCGAUCUGUCAUCUGUUGUAACAAGAGACUGGAACAAGUAUGAAUGUGUGUUUCAGCUCUCUGGGGUCAAUGAAGAAAUCGUCCAUAGACUGGAGAGAACAAGAAUUAGGAGCAAUGAAUACUCACCGUUGAACAUGAUGAUCAUCGUUGUUGUUGAUGCUCUGGUUGUUCUUGGCCUUAUUGGUGUGAUUGGAUUCAUCCUUUACAAGAAGAACAACGCCAAGCGUCCACCUUUUCCUGUGGAGAACUCUAGACCCCCAGAGGAAACUACGUUUCUUCCUGAAGCCUGAAAAAACAGGAACAGACGAACACAACAAUCGUUCUUCUAUUGAUCCAAUGGAUUUUUGAUGAUGGAAGAUACACAUUGAGAUAAAGUCAUUCAAAUCACCCGUCUAGGCUACGCCAAGCUUUGUUCCAAAGCUCAGCCACUGCUGUGAGUCGUCCACCAUUGAUGGAGAGAUGCUCAGGAUGGGCAUCGGCCCAAAGUUGAUGCUGCGUCAGAGUUGAAAUCAGGGAGAAGGUUCCAGAUUGAAGCUAACCUGGACAGAAGACGUCUGACGCUUUGCUGGUUAACAAUGCAGAACUAAAUCAGACAUGAUGACUUGAACGGACCCUGAGUUUGACAUGUUCACAAAAUAAUUGGUUUUCCUAAAGACUUAUACUCAUCCUGGAAAACAACCUGAACUGGUUUCUGGUUCUCACACAAGAAUCCUACAGAAAAGAGCAAGCAAAACGCUAAGAGGAUCUAAAAGACAGAUAAAGAUGUUUUAAAAGUUUAUCAAUCCUGGAAACAAGGAGGAAUGAAAAGGAUUUUAUGAGAAAGGAGGUCUAGAUAGGGCGUGCUUGUGGCGCAGCAGGUAGCACAGACUCAUAUAUGGAGGCUUUAGUCCUCGACGUGGUUGACCCGGGUUCAAAUCCGACCCGUGGACCUUUGCCGCAUGUCUCUCCCUCUCUUCCACGCUCUUCAAAAACAAAAAAAGUUGAACAUUCAGCCGCUUUAGUCAAACUCUUUAAAAACUCCAGAUAUUUAGAAAAUAGAUGCCUGUACUUCCUGGUGUGUAAACAUCAAAAGGCAGUAUUUUCAGAAAAAUAUAAUCCAGAAGCUGAAAGGGAAAAGAUGUGACUGAUCUUAAACAACUUGACCGUUCUGGUAACUACUAGUGAAAGUGUUCUUUUGUUUAUAUUUAUAUACAAUAUUUUUUAUCUUGUAAAGCCUGUUUGUUCAUGUAAAUAAACUGUGUUUUUGUUAGUGUGUUUUAAUUUAAUAUUGUGUUAUUAUUGAUCUAUAAUGAUAGAAGAUAUACAUUGUAUAUAUAUACAGAAAAUAAAAUCCCCUGUUGAGGCUAUGCUAAACUUAGCAUGUGAGCCCCCCCUAAAGUUUAGCCUUUAAGUUGGGGGGGGGGGGGGAUUAUAUUCUCGACAUAAAGCGCAAAGGGGCUCUUAAAAAUUUGUAUUUAGCAAAAGAAGACGCCAGUUUCAACAGUUUUACGGCUGGUUUAAU